GACAAGAUGGUGAAGGUCAGAGUCAAUAGAUUUGGCUGUAUUGGAUGCCUGGUGACCAGGGCAACAUUCAGCUCCAGUGGAGUAGAUAUUGUGGCCAUCAAUGACCCCUUCAUUGACCUUGCCUACAUGGUUUACAUGUUCCAGUAUGAUUCCACCCAUGGCAAAUUCAAGGGCACUAUAAAGGCAGAGAAUGGAAAGCUGGUGACCAAUGGAAAACCCAUUACCAUCUUCCAGGAGCGGGAUCCUCCCAACAUUAAAUGGGGAUAUUCUGGAGCCCAGUACAUCGUGGAGUCCAAUGGCGUCUUUACCACCAUGGAAAAGGCUGGGGCUCACAUGAAGGAUGGAGCCAACUGCGUCAUUAUCUCUACCCCCUCUGCUGAUGCUCCAAUGUUCCUGAUGGGGUUGAACCAUAAGAAAUACAAUAACUCCCUCAAGAUCGUCAAUAAUGCCUCCUGCACUACCAACUGCUUGGCCCCCCUGGUCAAGGUCAUUCACGACAACCUCAGCAUUGUGGAAGGACUCAUGACCACAGUCCAUGCCAUUACCACUACCCAGAAGCCAGUAGAUGGCCCCUCUAGCAAGCUGUGGUGUGAUGGGCGUGGGGCUGCCCAAAAUAUCAUCCCUGCUUCCACCGGUGCCGUCAGGGCUGUGGGCAAGGUUAUACCUGAGCUGAACAGGAAGCUCACAGGCAUGGCCUUCCGUGUUCCCACUCCCAAUGUGUCCGUGGUGGAUCUGACUUGCCGCCUGGAGAAAGCUGCCAAAUACGAUGUCACCAAGAAGGUGGUGAAGCAAGUGUCAGAGGUAUCCUUAAAAGGCAUCUUGGGCUACACAGAGGACCAGGUUGUAUCCUGUGACUUUAACAGUGACACCCGCUCUUCUACCUUCCAUGCUGGUGCUGGCAUUAUGCUCAAUGACCAUUUUGUCAAGCUCAUUUCUUGGUAUGACAAUGAGUAUGGUUACAGCCACAUAGUAGACAUCAUGAUGUACAUGGCCACCAAGGAGUAAAGUGGAAAGCCGUGG